UUAUCCCCAUCCCUCUCGAGACUCCAGUCCAGUCCAACCCCCCCGUCGACCACCAUGUCUACUGCCGAGCUCGCUUGCUCCUACGCCGCCCUCAUCCUCGCCGAUGACGGCGUCGAGGUCACCGCCGACAAGCUCCAGACUCUCCUGUCUGCCGCCAAGGUUCAGGAGGUUGAGCCCAUCUGGACUUCCAUCUUCGCCAAGGCUCUCGAGGGCAAGGACAUCAAGGAGCUCCUGACCAACGUCGGCUCCGCUGGCCCUGCCGCCCCCGCUGCUGCUGCCGGUGGCGCUGCUGCCCCCGCCGAGGCUGCCGCCGCUGAGGAGAAGAAGGAAGAAGAGAAAGAGGAGUCCGACGAGGACAUGGGCUUCGGUCUUUUCGACUAAGCGUCUUCAACCGUUCGGGUUUCCUAAUUUUUCCUUUUCUAUCUCGUUUCCUUACUACCUCCUUUUCGCCCCCUCGCAUUUCUUGUACCUGAUACUACGCGACCGCACGAAGACCAAAAAGGGAAAAUUAAAAGAAAGAAUGAACGGACAAGGACAUCCGGUGGGACUGGGCGCUCUGCUCGCAUGAUAGGCUCCGUCGUGAAGAAAAUAAGAACCAGAAAUGUGUCUCUUACGUAGUACUACUUUCUGGAGGGAAACCGCGAUGCCGUUGCGAUUCCGGUUUUUCCUGGGGGGGCGGAAGAGAUUCGGCUUCGGCUCCUCUUGUGUCUCUGAUGUUGUGUGUGCUUGUUGCUACUCUGCUAUAUGGCGUGUUCUUUCGAGCUUAGGUGCCCCAGCUCUCAUGCAAUGUCUGUCAUGCGACCAUGAGCAAAACCUCGUUCCCACUGUUUCCAUAUGUUCUGUAGAUCUAGACGUAGU